AUGGGCAUCGUCACUGCGCUCGCGACCUUCCUCAGUCCUGAUCUAACUCGCACAGCAUUCGCCUUUUGUGUGCUUGGGGUAGCUUCACAUCAAUGCAUCCGGCAUGGAGAGAUCGACAACCGACUUAGACCGUUGUCGGCACUCUACCUGUUAGCCUUCCUGGGGCUGUGUCUUUGCUACGUCCGCAUUUUUUCGCUAAGCUGGCCUCGCGCCCUUGGAGAAACUAUUUUAGCAGCUUCGUCAUUCAACCUUGGUCUUCUUACCAGCAUCAUCACCUACCGAGCCUUCUUCCAUCGACUUCGGCACUUCCCCGGUCCAUGGAUGGCCAAGGUGACCCGGAUAUCCGCUGUGCUGAAAGCGGUAGAACGAACCCAGUACCAUCUCGAUCUGAAAGAGAUGCAUCGCAAGUACGGCGAUUUCGUACGCACUGGUCCUCGAGAGAUUUCUGUCAAUCGGCCGUCCGCAGUCUAUCUCACCAGCGGGCCUCAUUCAGUCUGCACAAAACCAACCUGGUAUAGCCAUGUGUCGGAUGACAUUACAAAGGUCUCGCUUAACUCGACUCGAGAUCCCGAAGUACAUCGCCGUCGCCGAAGGGCCUGGGACAGAGGAUUUAGCAUGAAAGCAUUGCCCACAUACGAACCCCGUCUCCAGCACAAAGUCGAUGUUCUCGUUUCCCAGAUUCGGUCGCGAAUCGAUCGACCGCUGAAUAUCACCCAGUGGACGAUGUACUUGGCAUUUGACGUAAUGGGCCUCGUCGGCUUCUCCAAGGACUUCCGCCAGCUCGAGGACGCCGUCGAGCAUGCGGCCAUUGAAGAGCUGCACGGGCAGAUGCUGAUGUAUGGGAUUCUGAGGCCCGUUCCCUGGGUCUUAACAAUCCUCGGUGCGACCCUUGGUCUCGCCGGUAAGUACGGGCAGUUCAUGACAUAUUGUGUGGCUCGCACCGCGGAGAGAAAAGCUGAAUGGAACGCCUCGGAGGACAAGGUCCCCCAGGAUGUCAUUUCCUGGCUGUUCAAGGCAAGUGACGAGAAGGAUCAGUCGGCUCCGCCAGGAGAGCAGGCCCUGAACGAGGAUGGCCAACUGCUCAUCAUCACCGGCAGCGACACCACGAGCGGAGCUUUGGCAAACGCAUUCUACUACCUGGCUAAGCAUCCAGCCGUGUAUAAAAAGCUACAGGCAGAACUCGAUAAUGCUUUUUCAAGCGGGAAGCAGUCCCCUAAGAUUAACAACGAAACCCUACGCAAACUACCAUACCUCGAAGCCAUUAUCAAUGAAACUCUGCGUUUGAAGCCGGCCGUUCCUAGCGGCCAACCCAGGCAGACACCACCGCAAGGACUUCAGAUUGACGAGGUAUGGAUGCCAGGCGAUACCAUCAUCAUCGUUCCCCAGUACGUGAUCCAGCGCGACGAUCGGUACUUCCCCUCAGGAGACGAAUUCAUUCCAGAGCGUUGGUUAGAUGAGAAGGACAGUUUGAUCAAGCACGAGGAGGCGUUCUUUCCCUUCCAGCUAGGUCGCUAUGGCUGUGUUGGGAAGCAGCUGGCCUUGAUGGAGAUGCGGCUGGUGAUAGCACGCAUUGCCAUGGAGUUCGAUCUCGCCUUCGCCCCCGGUGAAACGGGCGAGGCAUUUGACCGCGACGCGAAGGAUACAUUUACUUUCAAUAUUGGGCCCUUGAUGUUGGACUUCAAACCGCGGAGUGCGUGA